GAAGAGUCCGCUGUUUCUUCAGUCUCCCCGUGCAGUUUCACGUGUUGCUGAUCGCGGAGGAGCAGAGCUGAGAGAUGUCGCACACUGACGGGAUUGUGAAAGCGAAGACGCGUCGCUCCAAGCGCUUCCUGGAGAGCCGUGAGUCCAAGCUGAAGGAGAACCCGAAGAACAGCAUGAUCAUCAGAGGAGGAAACACCAGCAGCACCGUCAGCCAGGCGCUGAAGGACGUGUACGCCCUGAAGAAGCCCAACGCCGUGCUCUACAAGAAGAAGAAUAUGGUGCGUCCGUUCGAGGACUCCACGGCUCUGGAGUUCUUCUCCAAGAAAUCCGACUGUUCCUUGUUUCUGUUCGGCUCACACAACAAGAAGAGACCCAACAACCUCAUAUUUGGACGCAUGUUUGACUUCCAUGUGCUGGACAUGUUCGAGCUCGGCAUUGAGAACUUCAAGUCCCUCAGAGACAUCAAGAUGGACAAGUGUCCAGAGGGAACUAAACCCAUGCUGGUGUUUGCGGGAGAGCUGUUUGAGUCAGACCGGGAGUAUCAGCGCUUGAAGAGUGUGCUGACAGAUUUCUUCUGUGGGCCGAGAGUGGCAGCGGUGCGUCUGGCUGGACUGGAGCAUGUGCUGCACUUCACUGCACUGGAGGGAAAGAUCUACAUGCGCAGCUACAAGGUGCUGCUGAAGAAGUCUGGCUGUCGGACCCCCAGGAUUGAGCUGGAGGAGAUCGGGCCCUCAUUCGACUUCACCAUGAGGAGGAACCACACCGCCUCAGACGACCUGUACAAGACAGCACACAGACAGCCUAAAGGAGCGAAGCCCAAGAAGAAGAAGAACAUUUCCCAUGAUGCCUUUGGCACCAGGCUGGGCCGGCUGCACAUGCAGAAGCAGGACCUGAACAAACUGCAGACGCGCAAGAUGAAGGGCCUGAGGAAGAGGAGAGCGGAGCACACACCGGACACACACGCCGCCAAAACACCACGAACACAGGACGACGCAUGAGAGAGAGAGAGAGAGUGUGUGUGUGUUUGUGUGUGUGAGAGGGAAAGAGAGAGUGAAAUGGAGUGUAUGUGUCUUUUUGUCUGUGAGAGAGAAACAGAGAGUGUGUGUGUGUGUGUGUGUGUGUGUGUGUGUGUGUGUGUGUGUGUGUGUGUGUGUGUGUGUGUGCCAGAUUUCUCCUGAUGUGUGUUUGAUCUGAUGUCCUGCUGGUUAUUCAUCCACAGAUCUACACUAGUGAGCGUGUCUGAAUGAAGCUGGAGCUGAAUUGGACUAAACACACAGCUUGUCCUUCAGUGUUCACCCUGAAAUGAACAUUCCCUUCUCAUUUACUCAUUACAGCUGAUGUGAAGCGUGAUUGGCUCUGUGUCAGAGGGGCGGGGCUACUGUAAACCCAUAAAUCUCAUUGGAUGAGACCAGAGUAUUAAUCUGGCUGUCAAUCACUAAGACACACCUUCAUUAUAGAGCUCUGGCUCCGCCCACCAGCAACUCAUGCUAACAGCAGGGUUAAACCUGUGCUGUCAACCCCUCUGAUGCUGACAGGGUCUACAGUCACCAUUCAUUUACUGGAGAAACAGCUGCUUCACACUCACGCUGUACUGUAGAUGUCUUUCACAAUGUAAAGCAGAGAUGUUUAAUAACCAGCUGAUUUAUAUUACCAAUAAAACGAUGGAAGAGUCAUA